GAGGGCGUUAAGCUGCCAUGAACUACACCUUGAAUAAUGAACAGCUGGACAAUAUUAUCGCUCGACUGAACACUCUUUAUAAUCGGUUAGACAUUUGUAUCGUGCAUGUUCUAUCCUUUCCAGAAGUUGUAUGUAUAGUAAGCAAUGCGGCAGCACUAUUUAUGGAGGAGUGCAACCUAUGUGAAUGCGAGGCUCCAAUCAAAGUAGUGGGGGAUAUUCAUGCUCAAUAUCAAGAUAUGAAUCGGCUGUUUGAUCUUAUUGGUCGUGUUCCUCAAGAAAAAUUUCUAUUUCUGGGAGAUUAUGUUGAUCGAGGACCACAAGGAGUGGAAGUUGUGAUACUUCUGUUUGCUUUGAAGCUGCGGUAUCGGGACAGAAUUUAUUUGCUACGUGGAAAUCAUGAGACCCCAGCUGUCAACAAAAUCUACGGUUUUUACAAUGAAUGCGUCCUGAAAUACGGAGCUGGAAUAUGGUGGGAUUUCCAAGCGUGCUUCAACCGCAUUCCCCUAGCAGGACUGAUCUCGAAAAGGGUCUUAUGCAUGCAUGGAGGCUUGUCCCCGGAACUCAGUCACCUCGACGUUAUUCGGAAUAUACCACGUCCAUGUGAACCUCUUGAUCGCGGUCUUCUUAUCGACCUUACCUGGUCCGAUCCUACUAACAAAGGAGAAGGAUGGUUUCAUUCCAUAAGAGGCAUUAGCUACAUGUUUGGUAAAGGAGUGGUUCAGCAGGCAUGCCAGAUGCUUGGCAUCGACUUGAUUAUUAGAGCUCAUCAGGUUGUGCAAGAUGGAUAUGAGAUGAUGGCGGGCAGAAAGCUAAUCACUGUCUUCUCAGCACCAAACUACUGCGGACAAUUCACUAAUGCAGCGGCAAUUGUGUGCCUCGACGAGGACUUACAGAUCACUUUCCAACAAAUGAAAAUGCAAAUUCCGGCCAAUCUUGCGCCGAAAGCUCGAACAGCUCCGGCAAUUGCAUGUGACACUAAUCCAACAAACGCUAAAGCGGACAAAGAAUUCAUAAAACCAUUUACUGGGUUCAAAUCAAAAGGAGCAUCGACAGCAAAAACAGAAGAAAAAGAGAAAACUAAAACAGAAGACAAAGAGAAGAGCAUGAAGACUGCAAGAAUGCCAGUUACAGAGAAGACUACAGAAGCUGCUCCAGCACCUUCGUCGGAUGGUCCUACCCCUACUGUGCUUCCAAGAGGUCCUGAUGCUGCUGGAAGUAAUGAUAAAAAAGACGAACAGACAGAUAAAAAUAAAGAGGAAGCCAAGGACGAAAAAAAGUCUGAUGAACCUGAAAACAAAACUUCUGAUAGUAAAGCAGCAGAGAAUUAAAUUUUACCUUCAUCAUAUUCAACAACA